AUGGUUGAUGCAGCUCUAAUCAGUGGAUUGCUUUCAAACUUGGCACCUCUGAUUCAGGAUGAAUUCUCGUUGUUUUGGAGUUUUAAGGAGGAGGUUCAAAAGCUAUCCAGCACACUAUCUUCGAUUAGUGCCGUACUUGAGGAUGCAGAGAGAAAGAACGUGCAGGAGAGGGACAAAAAAACGGAAGAUUGGUUGCGGAAACUCAAAGAUGUGGCGUACGAGGUUCGAGACAUCAUGGAUGACUGCACCUUUGAAGAUCUUUGUCUUCAAGUCAACAGGCGUAAUGCCUCCUCUUCAACCCUGAUCCAGGUAACCAACUCAAUAACCCGUCCUUUUAGCAUUCCUAUGACACGACUAAAAGUUGGUCACAAAAUUAAGGAUGUUCAAAAGAAGCUUGACCAAAUUUCUUUAGAGCGCCAAAAGUUACAUUUGCUUGAAUCUGUUCCUGACUCAAAAAUAGACAAGCUUACUAGUAGUUCGCGUGAAACCAUCUCUCUUUCUAGUUGUAAUCAAGUUUAUGGGAGAGAUGAGGAAAAGAAACAGAUUAUUGAUUUUCUGGUCAAUUCAUCUAGUGCCAAAAAGUUAUCUGUUCUACCAAUUGUUGGAUCUGGGGGUCUUGGUAAAACAACAUUUGUCCAAACGGUCUUCAACGACGAGGAGAUUACUAAGCAUUUUGAAACCAAAAUCUGGGUUUGUGUUUCUAAUGAAUUUGAUAUUAAAUUGGUGAUGAAAGCCAUCUUAGGAGAAAAGGCGGGAGCACGCUUAGAAGAAUUGCAGAGAAAAGUUAGAGAAAAAUUGAGUGGGAAAAGAUAUUUGAUUGUAUUGGAUGAUGUUUGGAAUGAAAACGUUGUGACAUGGGAUCAGUUGAGAUCUAUAUUGGAUUGUGGAUCAAAUGGUGCGUUUGUCCUUGCCACGACACGCAAACAUAUUGUGGCAAGAAUCAUGAGAACGAAUCAACAUUUUGAAUUAUCACAUCUUUCUCACGAGGAUUGUUGGCUACUCUUUGAAGAGCGUGCAUUUAUGUGUGGUACACCAAAAACUCCAAACUUUGUUCAUAUUGGAAUAGAAAUAGCUAAAAAAUGUAAGGGUAUUCCUUUAAUUGCCAAGACAUUGGGAAAUCAAUUGGGCUUCAAGAGCGAUGAAAUUGAAUGGUGCAAAAUAAGAGAUAGUGAGAUAUGGGAAAUACCUCAAGAAUCAGAAGUUCUCUUUUAUAUUCUAAAAUUGGGUUACUAUGACCUCCCUUAUCAUUUGAGAAGGUGUUUUUUGUUUUGUGCUAUAUUUCCCAAUAAUGCUGAAAUUGAAAAGGAGAGAUUAAUCCAAUUGUGGAUGGCCCAUGGUUUAAUUCCUAUAGUUGAAAAUCAAGAAAUGGAAGAUAUUGGGAAUACAAUUUGGAAAGAGUUGUGUUGUAGAUCCUUUUUUCAAGAUGAGAAAUUAAAUUGCUUUGGAAAAGAAAUAUGUAAGAUGCACGAUAUUAUGCACGAUCUUGCUCAAUCUAUUAUGGAAGGUGAAUGUUAUACGUUGGAGGAUUAUAACUCAAGUGAUGGUUUAAGACGAGAAGUUUGUCAUCUAACGGUAAUGGAUGAUGAAUUUCUCAAAAAAUCAGUUGGUUCUCUUAAAACAAUUGAAGGGUUGCAAUCACUUAUGCUUAAUGGCAUAGAUGUUGAUGGAAAUCUGAUGUUUUUGAGUGUUUUGAAGGAACUUCAGACUUUACGUGUCCUUGAACUAAGCUGCCAUGUGUUGUAUCAAGACGAUUACCUCAGUGAGAUAUUCAACUCCAAGAAUGAAUCGAAAAAGUAUCAAGAUUUGCGUUACCUGGGAUGUCUAAAACAUCUUAGAUACUUAGACAUUUCCGGUAACGAUCAUAUAACAACAUUACCGAAUAGUAUUUGUGAUCUCUUGAACUUACAGACUUUGAAACUCAAUGAGUGUUAUAAUCUUAAAAGUUUGCCCAGAAAUACGAAAAACCUUAUUAGUCUGCGACAUCUUCAUUUGGAGAAUUGUAAUGAAUUAAAAUAUAUGCCUAGAGGGAUGGGGCAAUUGAAACAUUUGAAGACGUUAAGCUUGUUUGUAAUAAGCAAUAAGGAGAGAGACGGCCAACUACAUGAAUUAAUAGAAUUGGAUAUCGGCAGAUCUUUGAAACUUAAGAAUCUGGGACGAGUUAGUAAUGCAUCUAUGAAAAGAGGGAUAAGUAUGGCUAAAAAGACGAGUAUCAAUGAAUUGAAGUUGGAAUGGACAUCUGAUGAUGAAGAUUAUGAAGUAGAUGAUAAUGAGAGCAAGAGUAUUAGAGAUGAAAAAAUUGUUGAAGGUCUAGAAGUUUCAACUGCGAGGUUGAAGAUUUUGAUAAUGAGGGGUUACAAAGGUGUGAAUCCCCCUGUUUUGAAGGGAAAUCAAUUCCCUUUGUUAGAGAGACUUGUUAUUGAUAGAAUGAAGAAUUUGAGGGGAUUGGUGUCACCUAGCUGUUGGAGUACUGGAGCAUUCCCUAAUCUAUCCACGCUGGCAAUAUCUUAUUGCCCAAAGCUAGGGGCCUUGCCACCGCAUCUCAAAUCACUCAAACAUGUAACCCUUGUAGGUGAAUGUUCGGAUGAAUUGUUAUAUAGCAUCACGAAUCUUAAUGGUACUCUCACUUAUCUGAAUCUUAGUGAAUUGAAUAAUGAUGUGGAGCAUGGAAUAUUCACAGUCAACAACAACAUGAAUGGAAUUGAAGUAGAGUUAUUCCCUUUGUUAAAGGAACUCAAGAUUGGUGGCAUGAGGAAUUUGAGGGAAUUGUUGUCUCCUACUAUUCCGAGUGUCAGAGCAUUCCCUAAUCUCUGCACGCUGUUGAUACGUGAUUGCCCAAAUCUAGGGGCCUUGCCACCGAAUCUCAACUCACUCAAAGAUGUAACUGUUUGGGUUGAAUGUUCUAAUGAGUUGUUAUAUAGCAUCUCAAAUCUUAGUUCCCUCACUCAUCUCACUCUUAUUGGAUUGGGUGAAAGAAGUGUUUUAUUUGGAGUACGCUCAGCUUUCCCAUCUCUUCGAUUCCUGUCUAUUGAUAGGUGCCCCAAGUUAAGGCGUUUGUUUGAUGAGGGAAUGAUAAUGCAAGAGACAUUAAAGAAUCAUCUUCAAGGACAAACAGAAAGAACAAGAGGUCACAUCAGCUCUCUCACAGAAUUGAUUAGUAGUAAUAAUUGCCAGAACAGAGACUUAAUGAACUUUCUCACGGAAUUGAUUUGUAAUACAAAGAUUAGUGACUGCCAGACCAAAGACUUCAUCAACUCUCUCACGGAAUUGGAUAUUCGUAAUUGUCCCGAGUUGACGAUAUCAGUUGAGGAAUUUAGAAACCUCAAUAUUAACGAUUCACUACAGAGAUUGUAUAUCAGGCGUUGUCCUAAGUUGGUGUCUUCAGAAGAAGCGGACGAGUUUAGGGCACUCCUGCUUUCCCUUCGAAACAGCCUACUUGGUUCCGAGAACGGUUCCGAGAACGAUUCCGAGAACGGUUCCGAGAACGGAACCCGCCAGCCGGUUCCUGAGAAGGUCUAUGUAGAUAAGUUCAAUGUUGAUAUCAUAUUUUGA